GUGCUCUUGCCGCCGGGUACACCCCAGGCGACGGUACCUACCUACUUCUCCUCCGACAACAUUGAACAACUCCUCCCGUCAACAGCUACUUCCGGACGAAUGUAUUCGCUUUCGCUAAGCGUCGUCGCUAAGUUACCCCGCUGCGCAAGAGACGCCCGGUACAUAUGUCGUUAGCGUUGACAGCCAUCAUGACAGACUUGAAUGUUUGAACCAUCGCUCCGUGUUCUGAUUUUGCAUAUGCCCUGUCACGUCUGAAACUUGCAACAGCGAAUGCAUCUAGCUUCACUUCGUUCUUUGCUAUCAUGAGCACUAGUAUCACCACCCGAUCAUCAGUACGCCCACUGUCCUUGACCGGCCCCAAGCCUCUGCAGCUUGUAGACGGCAACGCACAACCUAUCACCCAGCCGUCGCCCUCAAGCUCGGCAUGCCCAUCUCCAAGAGUCACUGGACUCCCGACACCUCCUCUGACCGCCAGGAACAUCAAGCAGACGCGACGGCAGUCCUCGAUUUCAUAUUUUCCGAGCGACAACGCUCCAACAUGGGACGUGCGCUCGCCCACGACAGGUGCACGGCCGUCUUUGAAGCGCAGUUCUUCUGUAGGGCAGAAGACCAACAGCUCGGUCGGCCGCCCAGAGAGACAUAGUGUUGGCUCGGCAGAUCUGCAGGCGGACCGCGGCCCAUUGACUCUCACUGAGAAACACGCCGACCUGCUGCAUUUCAUCGCGCAGAAAGAGUCAAAAUGCCUCGAGCUGCGCUCCCAGCUCGCGAUGCACGAGGCCGAGCUCGCACAGCUAAAGCGCAAGUGGGAGCGCAUAGUCAAUCGGGGCAUGGACCGCGCGUCCUCGACUUCGACCUUGCCGAACCUCUCAGCGCGGUCGCCAUCGUCUAACGGCGCGGUGCUCGACGGGCUGCGAGAGGGCGUGCAGGGCGUCGGUCGCCUGCUUGCCUCUGGGUUGAACGAGCUCUCCUCGCCCACCAUCUCCUCUUCUCCGCCCGUCCCUGUGCAGACACUUCCCGGAUUCACGUCUAUCUCGCCCGCGUUGCGGCGCGCGAGAGGACACAACACGACCACGAGCACGUCCUCUGUGUCCACCGCGGGCACGUCCUCGACGAGCACGCACCUCUCGCAGUCCUCCGCGUCCUCCUUCGUGAUCGAUGAGCUCGAGGAGAAGCAGGAAGAGCUGCCCGUGCGGGGCAGCGUGGAGAUCUCCCCUGCGAGCGCACGCCAGGCGGCGAGGCUCCGCCGAAGGUCGCGCGAUAUCACGCCCGCGCAGUCGCCCUUGCCUGAGUCACCAACAACACCGAGCGCAGUUCCAUCUAGGACAUCAACAAGCACCAAGCGCACGAGCGUGAACCUCGCGUCGGGUCUCGCGCCGCCCGCGUUGAUACCGGGCAUGGGCACGAUGACCGUUCCGCCGAUGUCGGCGUGGAUGGAGAGUGUGGGUAGCAGUGUCGGGCGGAAGUGGGAGGAAUUACAGAAGGGCGAGACAUUUACGAGGAGCCAGAAACGCGCGUCGAUCAUCCUCUCGGACGUCUCGCAGUCGUUCUUCUCCGCCUUGGCCUCCCCUGCAUCGUCGUCAGGCGCCGCAUCCGUAUCCAUAUCCUCUAACCCCUUUGCAGCAUCGCUCUCUCCCCUCUCUACCUCCCCGACUGCCGCGACCCUCGUCCCGAAUGGCACAUCGUCACUGUUAGACGAUGACGAGCCAGCACAAGGUCUCGGAAGUGUAUUAUCCCCGGAUUCCAAGGGCUUUGCUCCUUCCAAACCUCCCGCACCAUCAUCUCCGAGUUUGCAGGCAAAAGAUCAGAGCGAUGACGAGUGGAAUUGGUAGGGCAUGGGUAGUGCCGCGCGUUUCUCAUGCGCAUGUGCAUAGAUUAUCGUUUGGAUGAUAGCCAGGUUUCGGCUGCUUAAUGUUUGAUUAGACGAUACCCCGGAAGGAUUUCCUGAAGCUGUUGGUAUCGCAAGGUUUCUUGGAGAGGGCAUCAUUUUGACUAUCCACAAACUGUUCUUUAUAUAUCAUGCAAGCAUAUGUGUGUCCGCUCGUUCAUGCAGUC